CACUCUACCGUAUCCAAACAUUGACCGCAAAUAGCUAGUUAUUCGUAAUGUGUAAUGCUGUACUUGUACAUUUACGGAGCGAUGUUGCUAACCGAGAGCAUUUUCUCAUGAGAAAAAUUUAAUGCUGGUGAUGUGAGAGUGUAAACUAAACAAGCUCGAUAGCUACUAGCUAUGUCGGUUUCUGCUCAUUUUCAAAUGCAGUUGGCCUCCGUCAUGGAGAAAUUGGCUAAAACAGCAGCGGCAGAGAUUAUCAGACUGGUAGAGGACUACGCUGCCAUGCUACGCUGGGAAAUGUCCGAAAGCCGAAACGAAGACGAGGGACAGAGUGAAAAACGCGAGGUCAUGGAGAGCACGCGCCUGGUGGAUGGAAAUGCAGCGCGAGACCGCACCGGGGACGCGUCCGGCGGAGCGCGCGCCGCAGAGCGCGCUGCGUUUGACAGGUGGAAUCUCCACUUUCCGGGGGAAGUCUCUGGAAAUCAGGGAUACAGUUUCAGAGAAGCUGGAGAGCCAAAACACGAGGGAAACGCACCGCCACAGGCAAAGCGGCACGAGUUUGCAGUCUUGGGGGAAAAUGGACCUGAAUUACUAACUAUCAAGAAGGAGGGACUGGAAGAGACCUGGGGAAACUGUCACCAACAGCAAGAACCGAGUAUCAGUGGGGAGUGCUCCGAGUACCUAAUACAUGAGGGAGGCAGUCAAUGGUACCGGCUCAGAGAACCCAGUGAUUUACCUCACACCACACCACAGCAGCAAUACGGACCUGUGGGAGAUCCAACAGUUGUGAGAGAGACCGCAGCAGAAUCAAACCUGUACACCCUGGGAGAGAACCACAAAGGAGAGAAACGGACAAGUUGCAUGUACUGUGGGAGAUGUUUUCCAUAUUUAAGUUACCCCAAAAGACACUUGCAAAAUCACACAGGGGAGAGACCAUUUAGCUGCACCCAAUGUGGCAGAGGUUUCACUCGACGUAGUCACCUGAUCAGACACCAGCAGGUGCACACUGGAGAAAAACCGUUCGACUGUACAUUAUGUGGGAGGAAAUUUGCUCGUUUAAGUCACCUUGAGAGACACCUGAGUACUCAUGUGUAAGAAAAAUCUCUUUCUUCAAGAGGACACAAAAUGGAAGGUCCCUACAGCUGUUUUUUUAUUUGCAAACAUUAUCUUAAAAAAAUAAGAUGGCACAUUCAUAAGACCCAUGGACACCUGUUGGAAGAAGGGAGAGAGACUACGCAUUUGUACACUGUGUCAAAGGUGUUAUGCUAAGUCAUCUUAAAAGACACAUUAAAUCUCUCUAACUGGGAAAACUUUAACUGUCAGCAGCUAAAAUGUCCUUAGGUCAGUAUUGUAGACAGUGUGGAAGGAUGGGUGUGUGUGGUUCAUCAGCUAAAGCCAACCCAUUUUGUCCAAAGUCUGCUGUGUACCUCACACAG